AUGAGCCAGACAAAAAAACGAGCCAGACAAAAAAACGAGCCAGACAAAAAAACGAGCCAGAGAAAAAAACGAGCCAGACAAAAAAAUGAGCCAGACAAAAAAACGAGCCAGACAAAAAAACGAGCCAAACAAAAAACGAGCCAGACAAAAAAACGAGCCAGAAAAAAACAAGCCAGACAAAAACACGAGCCAGACAAAAAAUCGAGCCAGACAAAAGAACGAACAAAAAAACGAGCCAGACAAAAAAACGAGCCAGACAAAAAACGAGCCAGACAAAAAACGAGCCAGACAAAAAACGAGCCAGACAAAAAGACGAGCCAGACAAAAAGACGAGCCAGACAAAAAGAGGACCCAGACAAAAAGAGGAGCCAGACAAAAAGACAAGCCAGUCAAAGAAACGAGCCAGACAAAAAACGAGCCAGACAAAAAAACGAGCCACGGGCCCGACCAGAAGGCGGGCCCGACCAAAAGGCGGGCCCGACCAAAAGGCGGGCCCGACCAAAAGGCGGGCCCGACCAAAAGGCGGGCCCGACCAAAAGGCGGGCCCGACCAAAAGGCGGGCCCGACCAAAAGGCGGGCCCGACCAAAAGGCGGGCCCGACCAAAAGGCGGGCCCGACCAAAAGGCGGGCCCGACCAAAAGGCGGGCCCGACCAAAAGGCGGGCCCGACCAAAAGGCGGGCCCGACCAAAAGGCGGGCCCGACCAAAAGGCGGGCCCGACCAAAAGGCGGGCCCGACCAAAAGGCGGGCCCGACCAAAAGGCGGGCCCGACCAAAAGGCGGGCCCGACCAAAAGGCGGGCCCGACCAAAAGGCGGGCCCGACCAAAAGGCGGGCCCGACCAAAAGGCGGGCCCGACCAAAAGGCGGGCCCGACCAAAAGGCGGGCCCGACCAAAAGGCGGGCCCGACCAAAAGGCGGGCCCGACCAAAAGGCGGGCCCGACCAAAAGGCGGGCCCGACCAAAAGGCGGGCCCGGCCAAAAGGCGGGCCCGACCAAAAGGCGGGCCCGACCAAAAGGCGGGCCCGACCAAAAGGCGGGCCCGACCAAAAGGCGGGCCCGACCAAAAGGCGGGCCCGACCAAAAGGCGGGCCCGACAAAAGGCGGGCCCGACGAAAGGCGGGCCCGACGAAAGGCGGGCCCGACGAAAGGCGGGCCCGACGAAAGGCGGGCCCGACGAAAGGCGGGACCGACGAAAGGCGAGCCCGACGAUAAGCGAGCCAGACGAUAA